AUGGUGGUCCAUUUUGACAUUGAGCUGCUGAGAAUUAUACAAGUGGACGAGAAACAUCAAGUGAUUACAACGAACAUUCUGCGUUACUUGCAUUGGAAAGAUGAAUUCUUGCAGUGGAAGCCGGAAAUCUAUGGAAACAUUACGGAAUACAACCAGUCCGGGCCUGGUGUUAAAAAGCUCCAACACAGAACAGUUCCAAAAUACGAAAUAAGCUCCGACUACUUUCAGGAGGAUAACGGAGAAUGGAAUUUGCUGGGAAUAACUUCCAAUAGCAGUUCUACCAUGUAUUCAUGCUGUCCGGACGAUGGAUACAUUAGAAUCAAUUAUACAAUUCAUUUGAAGAGGCGCGCAUUUUACUACUUUUUCAAUUUGCUCGUUCCAUGUGGCCUGAUCGGAUUCCUUGCUAUCUUGGGUUUCACCUUACCGCCAGAAUCGGGAGAAAAACUACCACUGGGCGCCACCAUACUCUUUUCUCUCAUUGUUUUUCUGAAUAUGAUCAGCGAGUCGAUGCCAGCAAAUUCGGAUACUGUGCCACUUCUGGGCACCUACUUCAACUGUGUCAUGUUCACCAUUGCGCUGUCUGUCGUUUCAACGAUUGUCAUAAACGUUAAUUUGAAAGCUGCAAAUCCAAAGAGAGUGGACGGAUUGACGAAAAAAAUAUUUCUCCGUUGGCUACCUCGGAUGCUUCGUAUGAAUAUCUCUUCAAAUAUCGUUACCGAACAGGAUCCAGUGUUGUGGAACAAGAAGAUGGUCGAAGACACGAUUACGAUACAAAUUAAACGAUCCGGAGGUGUAGAGACAGUGGUUACGUAUUCAUUGCACGCAGAUAAAAUUGUGGCUCAACAGUGGAGCUGCGUUGCGGCCGUAGUGGAUAGAAUGUGUUUAGUGUUUUCUCUUAUCGUUACGUUCCUUUCAGUCACAAUUUUUCUCGUUUAUGCAUAUUAA